CCGACCUGUCACUUUUUAGUCACGCUGAUUUGUUCAAAGGACGCCAACAAAGACCAGGACUGUGUAUUAAUAUCGAGAAUUGAAGGUAAAGAAAUAUCAUAGUUUACACUGACUGGUUCGCAAUUAUUGGAUAUUGAACAAUUAGGUGAGUUUGCAGUGUCUUUGCUCGCGCGGUUUCGUUACUCGUCACGUUGUUUCAGGGAUGAAUGAGCAAUUGGUGUUUAGGGGCACUCUGUCUGGACACCGUGGGUGGGUCACACAGAUAGCGACAAAUGCUACUCAACCUGAUCUUCUUGUUUCAGCUUCUCGAGAUAAAUCUCUUAUUGUUUGGGACUUGAGGCGAGAAUCUCGUGAAUAUGGAGUACCUGUGAGGUCCUUACAUGGACAUAAUCAUUUUGUCAGUGACGUGGUUAUGUCAUCUGAUGGGUUGUAUGCUUUAUCAGGGUCAUGGGACAACACCUUAAGAUUGUAUGAUCUGGAAACUGGAAAAACAACUCGUCGGUUCUGUGGCCACGAAAAAAGCGUUCUGAGUGUUGCUUUUAGUGCAGACAACAGACAAAUAGUCAGUGGGUCACGAGACAAAACUGCAAGGCUGUGGAAUACUUUGGGUCACUGUAAGUAUGUAUUCACCGAUGGUGGGCAUACUGACUGGAUUUCAUGCGUCCGAUUUUCCCCAAACACAGAUCACCCUAUUGUUGUUACAUGUGGAUGGGACAAGCAAGUGAAAGUCUGGGGGUUAAGUGACUGUAGUUUACGCACAACACAUUACGGACAUACUGGUUAUCUCAACACAGUGACGGUUUCACCAGAUGGUUCUCUUUGUGCAAGCGGAGGAAAGGACGGACAAGCAAUGUUAUGGGACUUAGCGUUAAACAAGUUCCUGUACACCCUGCCUAGCGGAGGAAUAAUCAACGCUUUAUGUUUCUCUCCUAAUCGUUAUUGGCUUUGUGCUGCAGUUGGAUCCAGCAUCAAGAUAUGGGAUCUAGAAAAUAAAGUCUUAGCUGAUGAUCUGCGCCUUGAUUUGAUAUCAGGAAACUCACCUGCUAAACGAUCAACAUCUUCCUGCACAUGUCUUGCGUGGUCUGCUGAUGGUCAAACUUUAUUUGCUGGAUACUCAGAUAAUCUCAUUCGUGUUUGGCAAAUGGCUUAGUAACAAUAAUAUGUAUGAUGUACUGAUGGGA